UGAACAUGGGAUAUGACAGAGGAGGCGGAAGAGGGAGAGGAGGAGGAGGUUUCCGAGGAAGAGGGGGUGACAGGGGCGGCGGAGGGGGAUACAGAGGCGGUGGUCGAGGGGGCUGGCAAGACAUGGGACCCCCUGAACGAGUGGAAUUCGUCGGAACUUUCAUACACUCGGCUGAAAAUCUGAUGGUGUGCAAAGCAGCAAAUAAUGAAAAAGUGCCAUUUUUCAACGCUAAUAUUUACACAGAAUCAAAACAGCAGCUUGGAAAAAUAGAUGAUGUUUUUGGUCCGACAGCAGAUUGGAUGUUUUCAGUGACACCUGUGGAAAACGUGAAAGCGAAGUCGUUCAACGCAGAAACCAAAUUGUACAUCGAUCCCUAUAAACUGAUGCCAAUUUCAAGAUUCACAAAUCCAGCACCUAGUGGUCCGCGAGGCGGAGUGGGAGGACGAGGUGGAAGAGGAGGCCGCGGAGGAGGGGGUCGUGGACGCGGUGGCGGUGGAGGUUUUGGCGGCCGAGGAGGUGGAGGAAGAGGUUUUGGGGGAGGAGGUCGAGGUUUCGGAGGCGGCGGUGAUCGAGGCGGAGGAAGAGGUUUCGGGGGAGGAGGUCGAGGUUUUGGAGGAGGCGGCGGCGACCGAGGCGGAGGAAGAGGUUUCGGUGGAGGUGGCCGAGGCGGCGACAGAGGCGGGGGAAGAGGUUUUGGGGGAGGCCGAGGCAGAGGCUCCUGAUCCUCGCUUCAGUGCAAAAUCCAAAAACUCUUUAAAAAUCUCUCCUCAUUGUGCAGAUUGUUUUUGUUUUGUUGUAUUGCAUUUUUGUGCUAUGAGUAUAAAAAUGUGUUUCCUAUUUAAAUUGACAAAUUCUGCCUUG